AUGAAAAGAAAGUGCCUAACUUCAUUUAUUUUCUCCUCACUUGCUCUUUCCAUCCUAAUAGUCUUCCAUCUUCAAGUUGUAAUGAGAUUUCAAAAAUCUAAUCAUUCAUCCAAUCUAACCAUCCAAACCAACCACCAAUUUAGCCUCUUGAUAGGAAUCCUAACCCAACCACAUAAAUAUGAUCGUCGCCAUUUUCUUCGUCUUAUUUAUGGCAUUCAAUCUUCUCAUUUGGCAAAAAUCGAUGUGAAAUUUAUUAUAUGCAACCUCACAAAACAUGAACAACAUAUAUUUGUUGCCUUAGAAAUUCUUCGAUUCAAUGACAUCAUUAUCUUGAAUUGUACGGAAAACAUGAAUUCUGGAAAAACAUAUACUUAUUUUUCAUCUCUACCAAACAUCUUUUCUACCAGAUUCGACUACGUCAUGAAGACAGAUGACGAUACUUACAUUCGGCUCAAUCCAUUGGCUAUAUCGCUCAAGCCAUUGCCUAGGGUGGACUUGUAUUAUGGCUUUGUGAUUCCAUGCAAUAGCCAUAAUCCUUAUUUGGAGUACAUGUCCGGGAUGGGAUACUUGCUUUCUUGGGACCUUGUGGAGUGGAUUUCAACUUCAGAUAUCCCUAAAAUGGACCUGUUUGGACCUGAGGAUAAGCUAGUUGGGAAGUGGCUGAAUAAGGGAAAUAAGGCUAAGAAUAGGGUUUCUAAUAAACCGGCAAUGUAUGAUUAUCCAGGUUCUAAUGGGAAGUGCUCUCAUGAGCUUAUACCAGAAACUAUUGCUGUUCAUAGGCUCAAGAAAUGGGAUCAAUGGCUCCAUGUGCUUGAAUUUUUCAAUGUUACCAAAGAACUAAAGAAAUCUACUUUGUACUAUGUCUGAUUAAA